AUGAGGUGGGAGAACCACAGCAGUGUGACCGAAUUCCUUCUCCUGGGGCUCCCCAUCCGGCCAGAGAAGCAAGGCAUGUUGUUUGCCCUCUUCCUGGGCAUGUACCUCACCACGGUGCUGGGGAAUCUGCUCAUCAUCCUGCUCAUCAGGCUGGACUCUCACCUCCACACCCCAAUGUACUUCUUCCUCAGCCACUUGGCCCUCACUGAUGUCUCCUUUUCAUCUGUCACUGUCCCUAAGAUGCUGAUAAACAUGCAUACUCAGGAUCAAUCCAUCCCAUAUGCACAAUGUGUAACACAGACGUAUUUUUUUAUAUUCUUUGGUUGUAUCGAUAACCUUCUUCUUGCAGUGAUGGCAUACGACAGGUAUGUGGCCAUCUGCCACCCUCUACACUACACCACCAUCAUGCGGGAUGAGCUUUGUAUAUUUCUGUUGGUGGGAUCCUGGUUCCUCUCAUUUGCCAGUGCCCUGUCCCACACUCUUCUCCUGGCUCGACUGACCUUCUGCGCUGACAAUGUCAUUUCCCACUUCUUCUGUGACCUAGCUGCCCUGCUUAAGCUAUCCUGCUCAGAUACCUCCCUCAAUGAUAUUUUCAUCUUUGCUGUUGGGGGAUUGGUCAUCAUCCUGUCAUUUAUUGGUGUUCUAGUCUCUUAUGGCCACAUUGGGGCCACCAUCCUGAGGUUUCCCUCAAUCAAGGGGAUCUAUAAAGCCCUGUCCACUUGUGGCUCUCACCUCUCUGUGGUUUUUCUAUUUUAUGGGACAAUUAUGACAUUGUAUUUUUUCCCAUCAUCAAGCAGCUCCAAAGACAAGGACAUAAUUGCUUUGGUGAUGUACACAGUGGUCACUCCUGUGCUCAACCAGUUCAUCUACAGCCUGAGGAACAGAGACAUGAACGGGGCUAUGGGGAAACUUCUCCAAAGGGAGAUCUUUUUCUCCAAGUCACAGUCAUCUACUCUUGUUCUUACCUGA